GCAGCGUCCCUUCUCUAGCUGCUGGUCUUCUCUUCGGUGGCUUAGCAGGACUAGGCGCUUACCAGCAGUCCAAAGAUCCAAAGAAUGUGUGGCUUUCCCUUGUGGCAUCUGGGACCUUGUCUGCUGUUAUGGGAAUGAGAUUUUACAACUCCAGAAAACCAAUGCCUGGGAUAGUUGCUGGUGCCAGUUUACUGAUGGUUGGACGGCUUGGACUGCAGCUCAUGGAAAAGCCUCUUAAGCCAUAA